GCGCACGCGUACAUCGCCCCUGUGGCAUGCGCGAGGCGGUGGCUGGGCACCGCCAUCUUGGCCGGUGUGUGUAGGAACACGCUGUGUGGCUGAAAAGUGAAAGCAAGAGCAGAUUUGGCUUCUGCGUUCCCCUCCCCAAGGGGAAUCUGUUUCUCCAGAGAAUCUGGAUAGUCUUACUUCCUUAGAAUUAUGGCGGAUAAAUUAACAAGAAUUGCUAUUGUCAACCAUGACAAGUGUAAACCUAAGAAAUGUCGGCAGGAGUGCAAAAAGAGUUGCCCUGUGGUUCGAAUGGGAAAAUUAUGCAUAGAGGUUACCCCCCAGAGCAAAAUAGCGUGGAUUUCUGAAACUCUUUGUAUUGGUUGUGGUAUCUGUAUUAAGAAAUGCCCCUUUGGCGCCUUAUCAAUUGUCAAUUUACCAAGCAACUUGGAAAAAGAAACGACACAUCGAUAUUGUGCCAAUGCCUUCAAACUUCACAGGUUGCCUAUUCCUCGUCCAGGUGAAGUUUUGGGAUUAGUUGGAACUAAUGGUAUUGGAAAGUCAACUGCUUUAAAAAUUUUAGCAGGAAAGCAAAAACCAAACCUUGGAAAGUAUGAUGAUCCACCUGAUUGGCAAGAAAUUUUGACUUACUUUCGUGGAUCUGAAUUGCAAAAUUACUUUACCAAGAUUUUAGAAGAUGACCUAAAAGCCAUUAUCAAACCUCAGUAUGUAGACCAGAUUCCCAAGGCUGCAAAGGGGACAGUGGGGUCUAUUUUGGACCGAAAAGAUGAAACAAAGACACAAGCAAUUGUAUGUCAACAGCUUGAUUUAACUCAUCUAAAAGAACGCAAUGUUGAAGAUCUUUCAGGAGGAGAGUUGCAGAGAUUUGCUUGUGCUGUCGUUUGCAUACAGAAAGCUGAUAUUUUUAUGUUUGAUGAACCUUCUAGUUACCUAGAUGUCAAGCAGCGUUUAAAGGCUGCUAUUACUAUACGAUCUCUAAUAAAUCCAGAUAGAUAUAUCAUUGUGGUGGAGCAUGAUCUAAGUGUUUUAGACUAUCUCUCUGACUUCAUCUGCUGUUUAUAUGGCGUACCAAGUGCUUAUGGUGUUGUCACUAUGCCUUUUAGUGUAAGAGAAGGCAUAAACAUUUUUUUGGAUGGCUACGUUCCAACAGAAAACUUGAGAUUCAGAGAUGCAUCACUUGUUUUUAAAGUGGCUGAGACAGCAAAUGAAGAAGAAGUUAAAAAGAUGUGUAUGUAUAAAUAUCCCGGAAUGAAGAAAAAGAUGGGAGAGUUUGAGCUAGCCAUUGUAGCUGGAGAGUUUACAGAUUCUGAAAUCAUGGUCAUGUUGGGAGAAAAUGGUACUGGUAAAACGACGUUUAUCAGAAUGCUUGCUGGAAGACUUAAACCCGAUGAAGGAGGGGAAGUACCAGUUCUAAAUGUCAGUUAUAAGCCACAGAAAAUCAGUCCCAAAUCAACUGGCAGUGUUCGACAGCUACUACAUGAAAAGAUAAGAGAUGCUUACACUCAUCCACAAUUUGUGACUGAUGUAAUGAAGCCUCUGCAAAUUGAAAACAUUAUUGAUCAAGAGGUACAGACAUUAUCUGGUGGUGAACUGCAGCGAGUAGCUUUAGCUCUCUGUUUGGGCAAACCUGCUGAUGUCUAUUUAAUUGAUGAACCAUCUGCAUAUUUGGAUUCUGAACAGAGAUUAAUGGCUGCUCGAGUUGUCAAACGUUUUAUACUCCAUGCUAAGAAGACAGCCUUUGUUGUAGAACAUGACUUCAUCAUGGCCACCUAUCUAGCAGAUCGAGUCAUUGUUUUUGAUGGUAUUCCAUCCAAGAAUACAGUUGCAAACAGUCCUCAAACCCUUUUGGCUGGCAUGAAUAAAUUUCUGUCUCAGCUUGAAAUUACAUUCAGAAGAGAUCCAAACAACUAUAGGCCAAGAAUAAACAAACUCAAUUCAAUUAAGGUAUGUAGAAAAUUUUAUCUUAAAUCAUGGAUAACUUCUUACUGUAAAUAACUGAAAAGCAUGUUUCAAAUUGAAAGCCAUUUUGUUAAAAUCUAGAUCGUUUCAUUAAUUCAUAGAUUUAAUUCACAUUUUAGAAUCUGAUGUCAGUCUUGUAGGCAGCAGUUGUGAUGCAGCUGCUGUACUGCAUUGUUUGAUUUGCACCCACUGUUGUACUACUUGUGUUGAGUUUAAUUGCCAUUUAAAAUAUCUUUAGAAAGAUUGGCCACUGAAACAAUUUUUUACAGAUGCCUUAACUGAUUUUUCUUACACAUUUACUCAUUAUACACACCUUAAACAUUUUUCUUUUUGUGAAUGAACAAAAGUAAUAACACUUGAUUAAAAUGUUUAUCUUAAGAGUAAACAAGCUUCUUCAAUGAGCAUUAAAAUCUGAACAAUGAAAAAACGUUUUGUCAGUUAAAUUGAUAAUGUACUCUUUGUGAUAUAUAAAAUAAUUGUGCACCCAACACUUAAUGUAGUCUGUAAAGUACGGUUUUUAGAAGUCAUUCAUUUCUUCAUUGCUCAAAACAAGAAGAAAAAUGAACUCCUAAAAAAAAUUUCUGCGUUUCUAGUAUUCCUGUGAUGCUUCGAAAUGCUCUUUAUAUUUCAUGGCCCUCUGGCCAGCAUCCUUAAUACUCAGAAUCUUUGGAAGUAUACACAUUCCUGUAGUAUUUCCUAGAUUUUAUUGUUUUCAUAUUUGUACUCCUCUAGCUUUGCUACUAAACUGUGAGCUCUUGGAAGGCAGAGACAAGGUCAUGGUGGACAUCAUGUAUUCUUAAGCACCUAACACGAUGUCUGGAUGCCCUGAGUCAUCAGUAUAUCUUUUGUUUAUAAAUGAUUUACGUUACUCUCUGGCCAGGAUAAUGAGAUGGCAAGUGUUAAAACUGAAGAGUUUUCUCAGUUUUGAAAAAGCAUAUGAAGCAGAAGAGAGGACUGAGAUCUAGAACACUUAGUACGCACAUCUUACUUUUCAUAAGAAUUUCUUCUGAAGCAUUACAAAUACUUUGUGUUGUAGUUUUCUUGUGUAGAGACUCAUUGUUCAGUCCCCAGGUAUACCUUUUCAUCAUUUUCUCUAUAACCACUGAUCCUAGACAGGCAUACUUUAAUUCUAGUAAGGGAGCAGGCUAGGUCAGUAGGUAGAUGUAUCAUUCAUUACCAGCCAGUCCAUAAACAGUAUGGGGAAAAAAUAUUUUCAUAUACAUUUUUGUGUAAUAGGCAGAAGCUGACAGUGAUACUUUUUUAUCAGGAGCCUAAAGUUAAAAUGAUGGAAUUUAAUAGUUUUUCUGGGGGGUAGUAUUAUUUUAUGUAAAGGAAUUUUGUGUGAGAUGGACCAAGGAAGGUGUUGGGAUUGUAGGGAGCAGGUAGCAGAGGUAGUUAUCUUACCUUUAAGUAGUGGAACCAGGAAUAUCCAGAAACAGCAAGUGAGUACAGAGGAAACUGAACAGACAGUGUAAACAGCUAAAUAAUACUGUGGGCGAAAAUCUACCCCUACAUAUAGGAGGAUGGUGUUGAUUUUUGUUGCUUCUGUUUUAUUUUUUAGGAUGUAGAACAAAAGAAGAGUGGAAACUACUUUUUCUUGGAUGAUUAGAGUGAAUCUAAGGAUAUCAAUAAGCCAUUUAUUAAAAAAACAUUUUGGGGGAUUUUUGUCAUAUAAAACUUAAAUCAGGUUUUAUGCCUCACAUGCUCUGGAGCUUGAAGUAUAAUUACUUAUUGUAACAUCAAAAACCAGUUGUGCAGUAAAUUAUACUCUGAAUACAGAAAAUGCCACUUUUCUGUUCUUGAUGAUAAGGCCCUUUUUGUGCAUAACGUUCUAAAAUGAAGACAUUUCAGGCUAUACAAAUUACCUCCAAGUUUUCAUGAUGUAUGAGAAGAUUUUCAGUAGGUGUAUUAUAUAUUCAUGUACCAAAUGCUGACCAGUGUUGCCCCCUUUUAAAAAUCUUGCAAAGGUUUCUGUACUUACCUUGUUUGCCAAAUACGCCAGUAUAAUGAAACUGCCCUUAUUUUAAAAGCCAGUCGGUGAUUCCCCUGGUGAAAUUUGAUAAACAUCAGGAUUACAUA